AUGAGGCUCUCAACCCUAUCGCUCCUGGUUCUCCAGGCCGCUAGCACAUGCAUAGGACUCCCGAUUUCUAGCACGCGAGACCCAGUCAUUGCGAAAGCAAAAGCAGAGCUAGAAGUCCUUGCCCGCUCUGCCCUCCAAAAGACCCUCAAGGCGGCCAAUGAAAGGCAGUGCACACCGGAUAAGAUCAAGAUCAGAAAAGAAUGGGGAGCACUCACCAAAGUAGAGAGGCUCGAGUACAUCCAAGCCGUCCAAUGUCUGCAGACCAAACCCUCCCGAUAUCCCGCGUCACUAGCCCCUGGCGCCAGGUCGCGCUUCGAUGACUUUGUCGUCACCCACAUCAACCAGACGCAAACCGCCCACUACACCGGCAACUUCCUCGGCCUGCACCGUUACUUCAUCUCGCUGUAUGAGCAAGCCCUGCGCGAAGAAUGUGGGUAUCGCGGGACUCAGCCCUACUGGGACUGGGCUAAGACCGCCGAAACUGGCCUCUCCGCCUCUCCCAUCUUCGACGGCAGCGCGACCUCCAUGUCCGGCAACGGUGUCUACAUUCCCAACCAGGGAGACAUUGUCCUAGGCGGCAUCGAGGGUAGCAAACUGCCGCCUGUAUACCUGCCCGCCGGCACCGGUGGCGGCUGUGUCACCUCGGGCCCCUUCGCCAACAUGAGCGUGAACCUCGGCCCCAUUGCCCUCGACGUCCCUGGCGGGGGACCGCAGCAAUCGAAUCCGGCUGGUCCAUUCGCCUACAACCCACGGUGUCUGCGGCGCGACCUAAGCGAUGCUGUGAACCAGCGCUUCGCCAACGCUUCCUCCGUCCGCCAUGUCCUUUCCCAGGAGACGGUCGCCAACUUCCAGAUGAUCAUGCAAGGCAUCCCCGGGUCCGGCGACAUUGGCGUGCACGGCGGAGGGCAUUACUCUCUGGGAGGAGACCCGGGUCGUGAUGUGAGCACGUCCCCGGGCGAUCCGGCCUUUUAUUUGCACCAUGCCAUGAUUGAUCGGGUGUGGUGGAUGUGGCAGAUGGUGGAUGCGAAAAAGAGGGUGUACGGCGAGAAGACGGCGGUGGCGGGGACGAGGACCUUCUUGAACACUCCCGAGAGCGGGGAGACGACGUUGGAUGAUGUGGUGGAUUUUGGGUAUGCGGCGGGGCCAGGGAGGAAGUUGAGGGAGUUGAUGAGCGUGGUGGAAGGGCCAUUCUGUUAUGUGUAUGUAUGA